AGCGAAUCUCCUCAAGGAAAACGACAAUUCGAUGAAUUGAGGUGUAUAAAAUCAAAAUCAAAGAGAAGGAAGACCUGAGAGAAAACGUCGUCAGCUGAAGGAAGGCCGGCGUUUUUAGCGGAGGAGGCAGAUGCAGAGAAAUCAAACACAGAAGACGAUUCAUAUCUCCGAACAUCAUUAUCCCCAUCUUCGUCGGAGUUGUCGUAAUCCCCAAAAGCUCUCUCCUCUGCUUCUUCUUCUUCAGCAGAAGAAUAGCCUUGAAGCAGCGUCAAGCUCAUGUUUGUUCGUUGCUCCAAAGAUCUAUCGGAGCCGCAAACAAAAAUAAGAAGAACUUUUCUUUAUUUAUGCUUUAGCCCCUUAUAUUCCUUGUUAAUCUUAUUUCAAUCCUCGGUUCAAAACCCGGCUAAAAACAGAACCGGAUUAUCCGGUUUAGUUGGUAAUAUAUUUAUAAACCGAUUUGGUCUGUUUGUGCGGCAAAAACCUUGAAAUGAUAAGAAUCUUCCCAAGUCUACGGUUAACCUCUUUGCUCUCUGCCGCUAAACCUCUUUGCUCAUCUUCUCCGGCGAAAAAACCACCGCAAUACACGUCGCUUACAGAGUCAAAAUCCUCUCGGCCGACUAAGUCUCUCAGCAUAACUCCCAAGACACCGCUAUACCUUAGGACGCCGUCGCACGCAACUUCUCUAUCGGAGGUUUGGAAAUGGCACGACUGGGCGAAAGAUCUGGCGUCCUCCGUAGAGGAAUCUUCGAAGAAUUCCGAAGAUACUCUUGACUCUGUCAUUCUCCACCGUGAGCUAAAAUGGCUGAUCGAAGACUCAAUCGUAGACGAUCCUUUAGUGAUUCUUCAUAGAAGCGAAAUCGCGGACAACGGCGAGAAGAAUGUGAAAUUGAGAGCGUCGUUGGAGGAGCUUUACGAUUUAUGGAGGCAGAGGAUCGAGAAGCGUCGGCCGUUUCAGUACGUCGUCGGAUGCGAGCAUUGGAGAGAUCUAGUGUUGUGCGUUGAGGAAGGGGUUCUAAUUCCGAGACCGGAGACGGAACUGAUCGUCGAUAUGGUGGAGGAGCUUGUAACGAGAGAUGAAUGGUUUAAGAAAGAUAUUUGGGCUGAUCUUGGGACAGGAAGUGGUGCUAUUGCGAUCGGCAUUGCUAAAGUCUUGGGAAGCCGUGGGAGAGUUAUAGCUACAGAUCUCAGUCCGGUGGCGAUCGCCGUCGCCGGCCACAAUGUGCAGAGAUACAGCCUUGAGGGGAUGAUUGAAGUGAGAGAAGGAUCUUGGUUUGAGCCUUUGAAAGAUCUUGAAGGAAAACUUGUGGGGCUUGUGAGUAAUCCACCAUACAUACCAAGUGAUGACAUUCCAGGCCUACAAGCUGAAGUUGGUAGACACGAACCGAAACUUGCAUUGGAUGGUGGUAUUGAUGGAACUGAUAGUCUUUUUCAUCUCUGUCAUGGGGCUUCUCGGAUGCUUCAACCUGGUGGCUUUUUCGUUUUCGAGACUAAUGGAGAGAAGCAAAGCAAGAUGAUCGUAGAUUACAUGAUGACCAGUGAUCUCAAAGACUGUUUCUCUGAUUUGAAGAUAGUUUCUGAUUUUGCUGGAAUCAAUCGGUUCGUGACUGGCUUUCGUCUCUGAGCUUUUUUACACAACUCGCUGUAGUGUACUUCCCAAUACUUUUUCUUUUUUUUGUUCCUUUCCUUGCUCCCUAUACUUGCAGUACUAAUAAUUUAAUUGAACUAUAUGUGUUCUAACUUCUAAUUGAACUAAAUACUGUAUGCCUUUUGUGAAGUUAUUAUUCUCAAAAUCAUGACCUUAUGAUAACGGAAUCGUCAUGGAAGAAUUUGGAAGUAGUUAGUUAGAAACUAGUCAAUUGUGAA